AUGUUCACUGCUAUAUUAGCUAUCGCAAUUUUGAGUUCUACAGCUUUUGUCGAAACUUCUAUCGACAAAGCCAGCAUUACCGCGGAACUCAUUACGGACAUAAUUGAUGAAUACUACAUCCUGCGCCAAAUGCCUCUACUGAUGGUGCGAGAGCAUGACCAAGUUCAGACAGAUCUCCUUAACCAAAUAAUCAAAAAUCUAAAAUUUUCGAGAGUUGUACAACUGCACCAAGCCGUCAUCGGAUACAAGACUUGGUUCUACGCCGUAUUCUUCUGUAAAAAUUUCACCAGUUUUCAACAAAUCGUAGGGCUCUUUAGCUCAGAACGAUUCGACAUAGUCGGUUACUACACGUUCGUACUGGUCGAGGCUAGCGAACCAGAAGUCAACGAAGCAUUCAACGCUAUAUGGGAACUCAAUCUCCUUCGCAGCGUACUCGUCAUUGUUAACGAAGAUCGCCCGGAACUGUUCAACUACUCCCCGUACACCGAAAAUACCUGCAGCGAGCCAACAAUUCACCGAGUCCAGAACCACUCAUCGACGCAACUGUUUAUCACUUUCUUGAACAAUUUCUACGGCUGUCCCGUGAAACUUGGGACGUUCGAAACUCCCCCGUUUAUCCAUUUUCACAAUCCGGCGCAAAUCCAAAACACUUCGAUAAGUGGUUUCGAAGGAGACCUUGUCACUACACUCUCCGGUAAGCUCAACUUCCGGCUCGUUAUACUGACUCCACCGGAUGAUGCACAGUGGGGAGUUCCGCUGGCCAACGGCAGUACCGGUUUGAUGAAGAUCCUUCAAGACGAAACCGUAGACUUCGGCAUUGGUUGUCUGGGUAUUAUGGCGCAGCGUAAUGCAAUUCUACAACCCGGACGAGCACAUUACACGUCACGAGUGCUGUUCGCCGUUCCGGAGGGGAGACCCUACAGCUCGUUGGAGAAACUGCUGCGGCCUUACGAACGUACCGUUUGGAUGGUGGCUUGUGGUUUGCUGAUUGGUGCCACGGUGUUGAUACUGUUUAUGAAGUUCGCUACAAGCGAGCUCCGGAAAUUUAUCUACGGAGAGAGGAAUGAAACGCCACUGUUGAAUUUGUUCAUCGUUUUCUUUUCGGGGGGAUUGCAUAUUUUCCCAAGGCGGAACUUUGCCAGGACUGUGCUGAUGUUGUGGAUUGUGCACUGCUUUGUGAUGCGAACGGUGUAUCAGGGACUGCUAUUCAGAUAUUUGCAGGAUGAGUCCACUCAUAGGCCCGUGGAUACGAUAGAUGGGAUAGAGCGCUCGAAUCUGCACUACCACAUCAAUAAGAACUCGGAUCGAUUCUUUGAGCACAAUCCGGACUUGCUGAAGCGGGCUCGUUACAUUGCUCCGGGGAACGAUAGCAUGGGAGCUGCACUGGACGCCGUUUCGAGUAGAAGACUUCGCGACGGAGUCGUGCUGGUCACGCUGGAGCACAUCGCGUACCACAACAAGCAUCGGCUGGAGAAGGGAUUCCUCCGCAGUACGCGCGAUAGUUUGAGCGGGUACCCCAUGGUCAUCUACUAUCCGAAGAGGACAUUUCUGGUGCGGGUGCUGAAUCGGGUGAUCGGAAAUAUUGAAACGGCGGGGCUGAUGAACUACUGGGUGCGGCGAUACGGGAACUACAACUUCUACCCGCGCAAGACGAACAAGGGUUCGCCGAAACCGUUGGAAGUGCAUCAUCUGAUGGGGUGCUUCGGAUUUAUCUGCGCUCAAUGGAUAGUAAGUUCCGUGGUGUUUGGACUGGAGUUGCUGUCAAUGAGGGUGGGGUUGUUGCAGAGGUUCUUGGAAUUUAUCGUUCAUAGGUAA